AUGAUUGGGUAUUUAUGCACUGCAUGGUGGCUUCUGUUGUUUUUAUAUCACUGUUUGCCAGCAACAUUACCUGGAUUUCAGGUACCUGAAUCACCAGGAGCAAGACUUAAAAGAGAAGGUUUGAUUGCUCAGCAUCCGGUGGUUCUGGUGCCUGGCAUUAUCACCGGAGCAUUAGAGCUUUGGGAAGGCAAGCCUUGUGCAGAAGGUCUUUUUCGAAAGAGACUUUGGGGUGGUUCUUUCUCUGAGAUACUCAAAAGGCCAUUGUGUUGGUUGGACCACCUAGCUUUGCACAAUGAGACUGGUCUUGAUCCCCCAGGCAUUCGAGUCCGCGCAGUUACAGGGCUGGUUGCAGCUGACUAUUUUGCUCCAGGGUACUUUGUCUGGGCUGUUCUCAUUGAGAAUUUAGCAAAAAUUGGUUAUGAAGGGAAGAAUUUGCAUAUGGCAGCAUAUGAUUGGAGGCUCUCUUUUCAGAAUACAGAGAUUCGGGACCAGGCUCUUAGUAGAUUGAAGAGUAAAAUAGAGUUUAUGUAUGUAACAAAUGGUUAUAAGAAAGUGGUAGUGGUUCCUCAUUCCAUGGGGGUUAUAUAUUUUCUACACUUCCUUAAAUGGGUUGAAACACCUCCUCCGAUGGGAGGCGGUGGUGGUCCAGGUUGGUGCAACAAGCACAUAAAAGCCAUCAUGAACAUCGGUCCAACAUUUCUUGGCGUUCCAAAGACAGUUAGUAAUAUACUCUCUGCUGAGGCCAAAGACACCGCGUUCAUCAGAGCUAUCUUACCUGGCAUUCUCGAUUCCGAAAUUCUUGGGGUUCAGGCAAUAGAGCAUGUCCUGCGGAUGACUCGAACAUGGGAUUCAACAAUGUCAUUGCUUCCUAAAGGAGGAGAGACUAUCUGGGGUAAUCUGGAUUGGGCUCCUGAGGAACGAGAAGCUUGUGAUUCAUCAAAGAAGAGAUAUUUGCGCUCUAUUAAUGACAGCAACAGUGAUGUGAAGAGAGGUUUUCAAGUGAAAGAAUCAGUUAAUUACGGAAGGAUAGUUUCUUUUAGCAAGGCGGCAGCACAAUUACCUUCCUCACUGCUUCCCUCUUUUGAUUUGAAGGAAUUCUUUGGAGAACAUACCAACACGAGUUCAGGGUCAUGUGGAAAAAUUUGGACUGAAUAUGACGAGAUAAACAGGGAAAGCAUACGUAAAUUUGCAGAAAAUAAAGCUUUUACAGCUUCAACUUUUCAUGAUUUACUUCGCUUUGUGGCUCCCAAAAUGGUGCAACGUGCCGGGGCUCAUUUCUCUCAUGGGAUAGCUGACAAUCUUGAUGAUCCUAAAUAUGAACAUUACAAAUACUGGUCUAACCCACUAGAGACGAGGUUGCCUGAUGCACCAGAUAUGGAGAUAUACUGCUCCUACGGUGUCGGAAUUCCCACUGAAAGAUCAUAUGCGUUCAAGCUCUCACCCUCUGAUAGGUGCAAGAGUAUUCCGCUCCGAAUUGAUACCUCGGUUGGUGAUAGUGGCUUCACAAAUGGAGUAUCUUUUGUUGAUGGCGAUGUAAGUGUGCCUGUACUGAGUGCCGGUUUCAUGUGUGCUAAAGGUUGGAGAGGAAGAACCCGGUUUAAUCCAUCCGGUAUUCGCACAUAUGUAAGGGAGUUUCAACACAAACCGCCAGGUAGCCUGCUUGAUGGGAGGGGGACAGAGAGUGGAUCGCACGUUGACAUUAUGGGAAAUAAUGCUCUUAUUGAAGAUGUGCUAAGAGUUGCUGCUGGAGCCACUGGCACUGAGAUGGGAGGUGAUAGGAUUCAUUCGGAUAUCUUGAGAAUGGCUGAGAAAAUAAACAUUCAACUCUAA